GUUUUUCCACCUCUAAUCAGCUGUUUGCGUGGGUAAAAAGAGGCAUUUUUCAACUGUUCGAUUUCCUUAAAAAUGCAGGACUUGAAAAAAGGGGACUCGCUGCGACUUCCCAACGGCGACGGAACAGCCAACGAUGAGGUCAAGUCCCCGUUUCUGAUCGGCGUGGCCGGCGGAACGGCCAGCGGCAAGUCGACGGUCUGCAAGAAGAUAAUGGAGCAGCUGGGUCAGGCGGAAAUGGAUCACACGCAGCGCCAGGUGGUGUCCAUCAGCCAGGACAGCUUCUACCGGGAACUGACGGCCGCCGAGAAGGCCAAGGCCCAGAAGGGCCUUUUCAACUUUGACCAUCCGGACGCUUUUAACGAGGAGCUCAUGUUCAGCACUUUACAAAACAUCCUUCAGGGCCAUAAAGUGGAGAUUCCCAGCUACGACUACCGCACCAAUUCGCUAGACUUUGAAAACAUGCUGGUUAUCUACCCAGCCGAUGUGGUCUUGUUUGAGGGCAUCCUGGUCUUUUACUUUCCGAAAAUACGCGACCUAUUCCACAUGAAGCUGUUCGUGGACACAGACUCCGAUACCAGAUUGGCCAGAAGAGUGCCACGUGAUAUAAAUGAGCGUGGCCGUGAUCUGGACGCAGUGCUCACCCAGUACAUGACUUUCGUGAAGCCCGCCUUCGAGGAAUUCUGCUCGCCCACGAAAAAGUUUGCUGACGUUAUUAUACCGCGAGGCGCCGACAACACAGUGGCCAUCGAUUUGAUCGUUCAGCACAUCCGGGAUUUUCUGAACAAUCGCUCUCGCCACGGAUCGACCGGAAACAUGGCACUCUACAUGAAUCUGGACUUGAAUGCAACGAGUGCUGGUUUCGCGGGCCCAGAUGGAAGCGAGAGCCACCUCGGCACCUACAACGCCAUCCGGCGGUUCUCCACGCUCUGCAAAGAGCUCAACAUGCAGGGCAACUUCUUCUUCGAGACGAACAAGAACCUGCCCCACCACUAGGCUGGAAUGGCUUUCGAAUCCCCGGAGCAGUACAACCCACGGCAGUCAUAGCCGAAUGUUAAUUCUGUAACCAAAUAUUGUACCCAUAGAUAUAUUUUUUCAGUAAAUCGAAGUUGAGUUAUAAAUUA